AGUCGCGUACGUCAUUCAUUGCCAACAGAUUCAUAUUCGCAUUGCAUUGAAUUCAUGUAAAAAGCCAAGAUUAGUGUCGAUUUUAACGACGUAACAUAUUGCAAAUAAGUGCGAAAUAUUGUGAUAUACUUCCUUUAGCAUUAGUUAAUCUAGUUCAAUUUUAAUAAAUUCAACAUGUUUAUUUUGGACUGGUUUACUGGUGUCCUUGGAUUCCUUGGUCUAUGGAAGAAAUCUGGUAAACUAUUGUUCUUGGGUCUGGACAAUGCUGGCAAGACCACACUGCUGCACAUGCUGAAGGAUGACAGACUCGCACAACAUGUGCCCACAUUGCAUCCUACUUCCGAGGAACUGUCGAUAGGCAGUAUGCGGUUCACGACGUUCGACCUGGGCGGGCAUCAGCAGGCGCGGCGCGUGUGGCGCGACUACUUCCCCGCGGUGGACGCGAUCGUGUUCCUGGUGGACGCGUGCGACCGCGCGCGCUUGCACGAGUCCAAGGCGGAGCUGGACUCGCUGCUCACUGACGAGACGCUCAGCAACUGCCCUGUACUCAUACUCGGCAACAAGAUCGACAAGCCCGGCGCCGCCAGCGAGGACGAGCUGCGUCAAUUUUUCAAUCUUUAUCAACAAACUACUGGAAAGGGUAAGGUGUCCCGAUCGGAGCUGCCCGGACGGCCGUUGGAACUCUUCAUGUGCUCAGUGCUGAAGCGACAGGGCUACGGCGAAGGCUUCCGCUGGCUUGCCCAGUACAUCGACUGAAUUCCGCGCCACCGCACCGCGCCCGGGCUAGCUUAUACUCGUAUGCUUUUCAUAUAAUGUCCAAACGUAGCUGCCUGUACUGGUACCAGAAUUUGAUUUUUUUUUACCUAAUUGAGUACUGUAUCAAUACUCAACAUUUUAAGUACUGUAUAGUGAUGGUGUGCUGAAUCGAUGUAACCAUAUUAGUUAAUUAGUAAAUUAAUUAACGCUACAUUAUAGAGAUUUCACAUUCUACAACUAAUUUUGGUGAAGGUAACGAUACAUAUAAUUUGAAACAUAAGGAUGUGUCCUUUUUUGUGUUUUUAUUGGUAUCUUUAAAUGAUUGUGAUAUCCAAGUGGCUACGUUUAUGCAAUUGUGUCAAGUUCGAAAUGCGCCCUGUAAGCAUCAAUCUGUAAGCAGCCUUGCUCGCUCACUAGUAAUGUGGCAACUGUUUGGGUAUUAUUAAUUACACGUACUUCUAAAUUUUGCAGCUGUAUCGUCUAUUAUACGUCUCUAAGAGGGGAAUCUCGCCUAUUAAUUACCUGCACACCAUAUAAUAAGAUAAAUAAAUAGAUUGGUGUACUAUAUUUUGAUUACAUUAUUUCUAUUUUAUACUAUAUUCUUUCUCACAUUUAUGUUGCGGGUAUAGAGUGGAGGUAUGUUUCCCUAUAAAUAGCUAUGAAUAGCUAUUUAAGAACAUAUAGUAUUUACAUUGUAUAAAGUACAACGGAAACAUUCAAGUAUGUAAUGGGACACGCCAAGCAUUACUAGUAAGCGAGAUACUUUUGCGGUUUUAAAUAUAUCUCAGCUAUAAUAACAAAUAGUUCUUAGUAGUUCAGUGAUUAUUUGUUUGGCUGUUAAAAAGAUAACAUUUCAAUUAAUGUAGUGUAUAAAGAACUGAACGCUUCUCCUCCUAUAGGUUCUUUAUGUUUAUGAAACAAUAUAAAUUUGUGUCUAUAUAAAUAAGCUAAUGGUGCAAAGCAUUAUAUUAUAGUUUCCAUAGUCAACAAGUAUUAUUCGACAGUUGUAUUUUUGUGCAAGUAACAUGUCGACUUGUUGCGAUUUGUAAUAGUCAAUAUUUCUCCUAAUCGCCUCGGUCUCGCUACAGAGUCAGAGUUUUAUGAUAAGAUACAAUUGAAUUCAAAUUUUAAAUAUUAUUAUAUUGUUAUUCUCAUUCCAACUUUAUUGAGUGAUAAUAUUGACCCGACUUAUUUAUCAAUUACUGCUCACUACGUUGUAUGUAUAUUUAAUUAAAAAUGAGUUAUAUUUUUGUAAAUUAUUUCAAUCAUUCGAUUAUGUUUUGCGGAUUGUUUUAAUUAGUGUGUGGGGUUCGGAACGGCUAGUCUAUGUUAGGGUAGAUCAAUAAUGAUUUUAAAUUUACAUUGUAAUAUCGAUUGCUUAAUAAAAUUGAGGUUCUUCCAAUUAUGUGUAAUAAAAAUGCAGGGAUUUGAAAUUUAAUUGGAAUAAGAGCUGCAUUUCUAAGCACAAACAAUAUUACACAGUUGGAAACUCGUCAAUGGAAAUAUAAACAUCACAAUAUCGACAUUACAUCCGACUAGAAAAUACUUGAACACUUGGACACAUCGUAUGAAAUAUUGUUAUGAUAAUAAUCGUCAUUCACGCUCACACAUUACAGGCUGAUAUUUGCAUGUAUGACGAUUGUAAAGUUCUGGUGAAACUUAAUUCGUUAUAGUUACUAUAGUUAUAAUGCCGUACGCUUUUUGUACGACGAAUAGUUAUAAAACAAUAAGCCGGUUUGUGAAGGCGAGCCGUUUCCAGUAAUAAGUCGCGAUCAACGUGUGCUGGCUCACCAGCACUUCUUAGACAAUGUUUUUGGGUAUAUUAUUUGCAGUUUAAGUCCAGAAAACAAGAUUUGUAAUAAAAUUUAUAUGAAAUAAA